AUGUACACACAGACACAUGUACGUACAUACACACAAACACACACACAUACACAUGUACACACACACAUACAUAUACAUACUUGCAGACACAUGUACAGAUAGAUACACACAUGUACAUACACACACAGACACACACACACCUAUAAAAAGUUGCAGUACUUCGUUGUUCACUCACAGAGCCGGGUACUACACUCUAGGGGGAGGCAGAGAGCACAACACACACUCCUUCCUUUGCUUUCACUGCGCUCAGCUAUUGAGCAGUCUGACGGCUCCCAGUGCCAAUGACAGAUCCGGCCUGAGCUCCGAGCCUGCUCAGCAAGACAACCCUGGGGGACACAUUCACCCCCACCAUAAUUUCCACUCACCAUUGGCAAGCAGGCAAGCGGAAAUUUCAAGGCAUUUCAAAUGUAGU